AUGGCCAGCCCUGGGAAGCCUGGAGCUGGGGAGGCCCAGGAGGAGGAGGGGGACAAGGAGGGGGGCUCCGCAGGGCGGCAGGCGAUGCUGGAGCAGGCCCAGGAGCUGUUCCUGCUGUGUGACAAGGAGGCCAAGGGCUUCAUCACCCGGCAGGACCUGCAGGGCUUGCAGAGCGACCUGCCCCUCACGCCGGAACAGCUGGAGGCCGUGUUUGAAAGUCUAGACCAGGCCCACACUGGCUUCCUCACCGCCCGGGAGUUCUGCCUUGGCCUGGGGAGGUUUGUGGGGGCGGAGUCGGCCCAGGGCCCUCCGGUGUCCCGGACUCCCGAGGAAACCUUCGAGUCGGGCUGGUCCGACGUGCAGGGCCCCGGGGGCUCUCCCGAGGAGGACGACGAACGAGUCUGCGCCGCGCUGGAGCAGCUGGGGGUGGCCCGGGAGCGGAGAGGCCGCCUGGAGUUGGAGCUGCAGAGCCGCGAGCAGGAGCUGGAGCGCGCUGGGCUGCGGCAGCGGGAGUUGGAGCGGCAGCUGCAGGCCCGGACCGCGGAGCAGCUGGAGGCGCAGGACCAGAACGCGCAGCUGUGGCGGGCCCACGAGGCGCUGCGGGCGCAGCUGGAGGACGCCCAGGAGCAGCUCCGCAGACUGGAGAGCGACGAGCGGAGCCGCCGGGAGCAGACCCAACGAGACGUGGUCGCGGUCUCCAGGAACAUGCAGAAAGAGAAACUCAGCCUCCUACGGCAACUGCAGCUGCUCAGGGAGCUGAACACCCGGCUGCGCGAUGAGAGGGAUGCCUGUGAGGCCCAGCGGCUGGGCAGUAGUCGCAGGAAGGCUCUGGCCACAGCCCGCCUGCCUGGGCCCACCUGCUGCUGUUGCUGCUGCUGCUGCAGUUGGGCUCGUUCUGAGACACGGCUCUGGCCACCUUCCCAGUGCUAGAUGACCAGCCCCCCGUGACUCACUGGGUGUUAUCUGGAGAAGCUGCCCCUUGGAGGCGACUCGUCCUGGGUGGGGGACUGCCCAUUCAGGAUGUGGCUCUACCCAGCAGGCAUGCCUGAUGGAAGACAUGUAGGAACUAAUCUGGAAGUGGUCAGGGUCUCCUGUGCCCCCUGCCAGUCUUCAUCCUGUCCCCAUCCCAUUAACCAUCUCUGCCCAGCAGAAAAACCUCCUCUGCCAAAUAAAGUCCAUUGACUGCA